UUCGUACCUGAACACUAUAACAAACCGCGAACUUCCUCAGCGGCCAUGUUUGUUUGGGGAGACAACGUCACACACACAUACGGGGAAGUUGGGAACCCAUGACGUCACCGGAAGUCGGGUACCGGCCAGGGGGGAAAGCAUGGAAAGCGCCGAGCUGUCACAUCGCCCGAUCUCGAUACAUAACUUCAGCGACAAGAUCUGCGACAGGCUGGUACACUUCCACGUCAUGAGCCUGCAGGACUGCUUCUUCCUGUGGGUCGGGUAUUCCGCCAGGCUGUGUAAUCUGGCCGUGGCCAUGUGUAGCCGCUACGAUUCAAUGCCUUUGUCUUCGCUGAUUCUUGGGGAUAAAUCUGAUAUCACUUCAGGUUCUGUUGCACAAAGACUUGCAAAAAAGACUAAAAAGCAAGUAUUUGCCAGCAUCAACAUCCCAACCAAUGACAGCCAGCUCAUGCUUCUAAUAGAGAAGCGAAUCAAGGAAGAGAUGGAGUCAUUUCCUGAAAAGUUCUGAAGAUUAACCUUUUCUGGCUGAGGACUGUUAAGUCUGGUUGGGUUGAUCUCUGGAUACCUGAGAGAAAGGACAGUUUCUACAGUCCCUGAUAAUGGAAAUGCUUGGAUAGAAAGCACACAGAAGCUUAUGUGUUAAGAGCGACUGCAUAACAUGAGCCUCUUACAAGAUUUAUAUGUAUUAGUGGAUUCAGGGGAUAAGGCUCGCAUACUUGUAAAUGAGAUUACUUUAAAUUAUGAUCUUAUUCUUCAUGCAAAGAAAUAAUACAAUUAUAUCCACAGACUCAGUUUUGCAUUUAGUGUUUUCAAUCUUAAAAUUAAAGUGUUUUUUUUUCUUGUACAGUU